AUGGGUCGUCUCAACGUCCUGAUGAGCAGCCUGCUAUUCUCAGUCACUCUUUUCGCAUGUCUUGCAACAACUGUCUCGGGUCAUCAGCACUCGCAUCACAACCAUGCUCACCUGCAUGCUCGCGCCGACAACAAGAACUCCAGUGCCGCGAACAUUGUAGAGGAAGCACUCGCUGCUCUUAAGCUUCUCAACAAAGCCAGAGUCGAGAAUCCACACUUUAACAAGUAUGAGUUUCAUUCUGGCUCCAAGACACCGAGUCUUGCCCCGGCUUUGGAUGCGCCUGCCGUGAUCAGCAAUGAUACUACGUUGAGAAGGCGUCAAAGCCAGAACAACAGCAGUGCCGAGAUCUCCGCUCCAAAUUUCUCUAUCUCCCCUGAGCUAGCCGAGGCCGCCAAACUUCUGGCAGAGUCUACGCCUCAAGUUCCUAAGGGAAACCACAGCGAGGUGGCUAAAGCCAUAAGAGAGAAGUAUGCACACAAGACAAAUGACACCAAUACUCCAGAGUCGCUCAAAACUCCCGAGGGGCGGCUUUCGGUAUACGGAGAUGACAAACUGAGCAAGCGUGCCGAGGAGUGGUGGAUGGUCAGCAUGGGCUCAUCCGGAACCAGUCCCUUCGCUCCUAGCGGUUACAAAGUUUGGAGAAACGUGAAAGAUUAUGGCGCAAAAGGCGAUGGUGUGACAGAUGAUACAGAUGCUAUCAACAAAGCCGUGAGCGACGGCGUCAGAUGCGGUCCUGACUGUGGCUCGAGCACGAUUUAUCCUGCUGUCGUUUACUUCCCGCCAGGGACGUAUCUGGUCAGCAGUCCGAUCGUUCAAUACUUUAACACAGAAUUUCUCGGCAAUCCUCUCGAUGUACCAACACUGUUGGCUGCGUCAAGCUUCGUGGGCCAAGGUGUCAUCAAGAGUGAUGUCUAUAUCAGUGAUGACGAGGAAUGGUACCUGAACACUGCAAAUUUCCUUCGAAGUAUCAAGAACUUCAAGAUUGACAUCAGACCCGCAUCUUCAUGGACUUACAUGUGUGGGAUCCACUGGCAAGUCGCACAAGCAACAUCUCUGGAAAACAUCGAGUUCUACAUGCAAUUUGAGUCGGAUGUUCCUGGCAACAACCAACAGGGCGUUUACAUGGAGAAUGGAUCGGGUGGCUUCCUAGCUGAUCUCACCUUUGUUGGAGGUGCAUUUGGAGCAUACUUCGGAAACCAGCAGUUCACGACUUCACACCUAGUGUUCGUUAAUUCCGUUGUUGGUGUCCAGGUCCACUGGGACUGGGCCUGGACUAUGCAGGACUUCAUCUUUGAAAGUUGCGGGACCGCGCUUCUCGUCGUCGGCGGUGCUGGAGGUCCAAAGUCGACUGGACAAGGAGUGGGAUCACUCAUAUUGGUGGACUCCAUCAUCGCAAACACCCCCAAGGGCAUCGUCACAACGCUCUAUGCCGAGAAUUCUACCUCAUUUCUGCUGCAAAAUGUCGGAUUCUUCAACACCAUAACGGCAAUCACUGACAACGAGACUGGAAACAUCCUCCUGAACGGCGGUAAUUCUGUUGUUGUCGAUAGCUGGGGUUUCGGUCGUAUUACGAACGCUACCACGGGUGCUGGGCAAACAUCCUUUGUCAAUGGCGAACACAUCGCUGUCAUGGAGCGAAACGAGGGCUUGUUGGGUGACGCUUAUGACAACCUGAAACCGAAUCUUUUCACGAGAAGACGACCCAAGUACCAAGAUGUUCUUUCUAGCAAGGUCAUGAACGUCAAGACACUUGGUGCCAAAGGCGAUGGCAAGACGGACGACACGAGCGCGCUGAAUUCAAUCCUUCAGGGUGCCGCGAAUACCUCUUCCGUUGUAUUCUUCCCCUACGGUGUUUACCUUGUGACGGACACUCUUCGCGUACCCGUCGGCUCCCGUAUCAUCGGACAGGUUUGGCCCCAGAUCAUGGGCACAGGAGACAAGUUCUCCGACGAGACCCAGCCAAGAGCCGUGGUUGAGGUUGGUAAAGCUGGAGAUGUUGGAAUUGUAGAAAUCACAAGUAUGAUGGUUACCGUCAAGGGGCCCACCGCAGGCGCCGUUACCAUCGAAUGGAACGUUGCUGAAUCGAGCACCGGAUCUGCUGGCAUGUGGGAUACACACGUUCGUAUUGGCGGUGCAGCGGGGAGUGAUCUGUCCACCGCAAAUUGCCCCAAAAACUCUGGAAUCGUCAACUCAAGGUGCAAGGCUGCUUCUCUUCUGAUGCACUUGAAGCCCAAAUCAACUGCAUAUCUCGAGAACGUUUGGCUCUGGACUGCAGAUCAUGACCUUGACAAGAUCACUCUCGAUCAAAUCGACAUUUAUGCCGGCCGUGGUCUCCUCGUCGAAAGCGCAAAGGCUUGGCUCUGGGGAACCUCAGUAGAGCAUAAUGUCUUGUACCAGUAUCAGUUCUCCAACGCGAAGAACGUGGUCAUGGGAAUGAUCCAGACGGAGUCCCCUUACUUUCAACCCGUCCCUAAAGCACCCACACCGUUCACGACUGGCCUGUUUCCCAACGACCCGACAUUCAGUGGCUGUGUGGCUUCCUCCUCCGCAACAUGUGCCGUCUCUUGGGCAGUCCGAAUCAUCGACUCUUCUUCCAUCUACAUGCUCGGUGCCGGACUCUACAGCUGGUUCAUCGACUAUAGUCAGGACUGUUUAGACACAGAGAACUGUCAGGAGCGCGCUAUGGAAGUGCAGCAAAGCAAGGACAUCUGGAUCUACAACCUCUGCACCAAAGCUAUCGUUGAGAUGGUGUCGCCUUUGGGUAGUGUUCCAACAUAUGCCAAAGACAACGUGAAUGGAUUCCUGGCCUCCGUCUUAGCAUGGCUUCAGGGUUCCACUGACGUAGCAGGCGAGCGCGAGUUUGAAGGUUAUCGUGUAUGGACGAGCGGAAUGCUGGAACAGCUCUACGGCCUCGUCUUGCCAGAGACCUGCAGCAGUGCUUUGACCGAGAUCAUUGCAUGUGAUAAUCGCACUGAAGAUUAUCAAGGGCCUGGUAUUCGCAGCUGGCUUGGGAAUGUCAACGAUACCGACAGCGUGUGCGCCGAGUCUUGCGGAAAGAGCCUGAAGACUUGGUUUGACAGUGUUUCCAUCGCUUGCGCGGGAUACGAAGUCAACGAUGCGCUGCCAACUCUUCUCGGAGGCCGCAUUUGGGAUGGGUGGAACCAGACUUGUUUGAAGGAUACCGACAGUGGCAAGUAUUGCGGUGAGAUCAUAGACGGCUUCACCACGGUCUCUACCAUUGAAGAGAUGCCCAAGAACGAGCUUUGCUCAUUCUGCUGGGUGGAGCACUAUGCCAUCCCUCAACGUUCACGGUACUCCAAGUACGACUCCUUUAUCCAGUCUCAAUAUGAGUAUACGGUCACCGAGUGCGGUACAGCCGGUGUCAACACGACUAUACCCGAGACACCACUCAUCAUCGAAGACCCGGCAACUUACUGUCAGACUGACAAAUGGUACACUACGGCUGAAGGGGACACAUGCGACACAAUAGCCCAGUCGAACAGCGUUUCUUCAGCAACACUUUACUUCGAGAACCCAGACACGAUCUUCGAUUGCUUCAAUAUCGAGGCCGGCUCCAAGCUGUGCAUCCCGCCGCCCUGCACUCUCACAUGGGUCAUCCAGCCCGACGAUACCUGCGCCUCAAUCGAGUACAACCUGACCAUGACAGCCGUUACGCCGGUACUCGGCAACACCCAGAAGUACAAUCGGUGGGUGGACAAGAACUGCGAAAAUCUACACAUUGCCAGCGCCGCCACCUUUGGCCACGUUCUUUGCAUGUCACCGCCGGACGGCGCCUACGCUGGCAAUGACACCGUCAAUGGAGACACUACCACGCCCACCAACGCGCCGGGUUACAGUGAAGAGAUCAUCGAUCCGCCUGCGGGAGCAACAGUCGCGGAUGGUACGACUGUGUAUUGUGGGUCAUGGCAUGUCGCGGCCGUCAACGAUACCUGCAGCACCAUAGCCUUCAGCAGUGGCACGACGAUUACUCUUUUCUUGGAGGUCAACCCUUCUCUUGGAACUGAGGUUGCGGGUUGCACCGAGAAGUGCUGUCCUUCUUCACGAUCACUCCCUAAGCGAAAGCUUGCAUCAUCGAGGAUGGGGUUGAACGUGGUGUUGUUGGCCCAGGCACUAGGCGCGCUUGCAGCGUUCUACGUUGCCAAAUUUGUUGUCCGACUGGUCCAAGUCAGGUCGAGAGUGCGGGCCGUCUCAAAAGAUCAUGCAGUGCUGAUUGAUGAUGCGCCACAGGAAGUCCUUCCUCACUCGUUCAUCUUCGGCCACCUUUUGCUUAUUGGCAAAUUGAUGGCAAAGCAACCUCCGGGACUCAAUGGCCAAGUGCUCCCGCUUUUACUGUUGAGAGAAUAUCCGGACCUCUGCAAGAAAGGGCUAGUCUACGUAGACACCUGGCCCAUCGGCCCGCCCAUGAUUGCCGUCUUUCACCCAAAGAUUGCAGAUCAAUUCACACAGGAGCGUUCGCUACCAAAACAUUCCAUGAUGAAAGAGGAGUUUCACCCACUGACGGGGUGCGAUGAUCUCGUCAACAUGGAGGGCCAGACGUGGAAGACAUGGCGGACCGUGUUUAACCCAGGGUUCUCAGCUCGGAACAUCCUCUCAUUAGUCCCUGCAAUGGUUGAAGAAGCAUUAGUUCUCAAAAAGUCCUUCGAGGCUCUUGCUAACUCGGGAGCGACUGUUGCUCUGGAGGACGGUGUUAUGAAGGCCACUGUAGACGUCAUCGGCAGAGCGGUUCUGGGGACUCGCCUCAAUGCACAAACAACAAACUCCCCCGUUUUCAGAGCUCUGCAGAAGCAGAUUGGCUUGCUGAUCCCAGACAAUAGCCCGCCCAAUCUCCUAAAGUCUAUCAAUCCCUUGCGGCCUUUUCAGAUGCUUUACUACAACUACGUCAUGAAGCGCGAGAUCGUUCCGCAUAUCGAGCGACAGCUCAAAGAAAACAUAUCAGAAAGAAGCAACAGUAAUGGUCCCAAAACCGUCAACAGUCUAGCAAUAACUUCCUACAUCAAAGAGGUGUCCGCGGCUGGCUCCAAAGCCGAAGCGAAGCUCGACUCUCAGUUCAUCGACAUUGCCGUUUCUCAACUCAAGAUAUUUCUACUUGCAGGUCAUGAUACCACGGCUAGCGCUCUCUGCUUUGCCUGGUAUCUUAUGAGCAAGUAUCCCGCUAUUCUCGAGAAGGUGCGGUCCGAGCAUGAUGAAGUCCUUGGGAGCGAUGCAAGCGCCGCAGCAUCUCGGAUUGUCGAGAACCCCGCGUUGCUGAACCACCUUCCCUAUACCAACGCCGUGCUGAAAGAAACGCUCCGCCUCUACCCCCCAGUCGGGACGGUACGACAGGGAGCUCCCGAUGUGUUUAUCACCGACCCGGAAACAGGCGAGCGAUUCCCCACCGACGGGUUCAUGAUGUUCGUGGCAUCGCAAGCGAUGCACAGAUGGGACACGCUUUGGCCAGAACCUGACACAGUCAUUCCUGAGAGAUGGCUAGUCAAGGAGGGCGAUCCUCUUCACCCAGUGAAGAGUGCAUUCCGACCCUUUGAGCUGGGUCCUAGAAAUUGUAUUGGCCAGGAGCUGGCUUUCGUUGAGAUGCGACUCAUCUUGGCGUUGACUGUGAGAGAGCUUGAAGUUGUGCCGCAAUUUCCCGAGGACGCGCCAGAGGUUUUUGGGGAGAAAGGUUUCCAGUGGAUGACAGGAACACAGAUCACCGCUCAUCCUAAGGAAGGGAUGCCAGCUAAGAUCGUUAGGAGGUAA